CAAAACCGAUCAACACAUCCACUGUUUCCGACAAGAUGAACGUACUCCAAGGCUUUGUGCUUUUCUUCCUGGGGCUGGUUCUCAGCGGUGUGGAUGCACAGGUCGCCACCCGAUCCCCACAAGAAAUGGCAUGGGACAAGGCCUGCGGUCCAGGGCGCUACUUCAGUAGGGUCCAAAACGUUUGCUGGCCCGUGCCCGGAUAGGCAUAAAGAAAUGCAGAAUAAAUAUAUCAAAUAUUUAUAACUGAUAAGCUGAAAUGCCCAAAUAAAUUGGAGUAAAGCAAUAA